ACCUAGCUUUUCCACCACCGCCGCAAGGACUGCCGCCGCCCGUCCCGCUCCGGCAAACGCAGUCGUCGUUUGGUUGUCCGCUCUUCUUCCUCAUUCAAGAAUCGCACCUUAUCCCUCGAGCUGGGCGUCAGUCCCUGGUCUUUGUCUGCUCCGUGGUGCUCCUGCCGUCGUCCGUCGCGCUCAGGCACCACUGUCUUCGUCUGGUCGUGGUGCUCGAAGUUUCCAACCCACCAAUCGCAGCUUCUUCCUCGAGCUCGGCGUCUUGGAGUCUGCCCUUCGUUUGCUCAGCCGCAGCACUUCCAAUCCACCACUGUCUUCGAGUCGUGAUCGUCGCCUGGCCUUCGUCUCCGUCGCGCUUCUGCCCCUCUGCUCAGAGUGCUCAGAAGUCAGAACGAAGGUUUAGGAUUCUGCUAGUGCUACUUAGCUGUUCUGAUAUAACAAGAACAACAGUGACAUGUUUUGCACCUGACAACCAACUUAGGAACUCAUUCUUGACAACUUUGCGAGUCACCAAGAGAGGGCAAGAAACAAUGGCAGCAAUGAUGCAAGGAGUGCAGAAGAACACUCUAUAUGUGGGUGGUUUAGCUGAGGAAGUUAACGAGUCCAUACUUCAUGCAGCCUUCAUACCCUUCGGGGACAUUAAGGAUGUUAAGACCCCACUUGACCAGGCAACGCAGAAGCACAGGUCGUUUGGCUUUGUUACAUUUCUUGAGAGGGAGGACGCUGCUGCCGCCAUGGAUAACAUGGAUGGCGCUGAACUCUACGGCCGUGUACUCACUGUUAACUAUGCCCUCCCUGAGAAAAUCAAGGGUGGUGAGCAGGGCUGGGCCGCUCAACCAAUUUGGGCUGAUGCUGACACCUGGUUUGAGCGGCAACAACAAGAAGAAGAGAUGCGUCGUCUUGAGGCAGAGAGUCGAGCUGCAAAUCAGGCAGCAGAAGACCUGCGCAGGAAAAAAGCUGCCGAAGAGCGGGAAGGAGAAAAAGAAGACGAAAUUGAUCCCAUGGCAAAGGCCGAAGCAGAGGCUCUGCAACAGAAUAACUAGUUACUAAUCAACAACUUAACAAAGAGGAAAGCCCUUGAGGAGGAAAAUUGCAUCCCUGAUGUGUGAUAUCUCAUUGGUUUAUGGAGUUUUGAAUUCCUGUAUGAUUCUUGGUUAAGUAUUUGGCUUGUGUUAAAAUGUUUUAUUGCAUAUCCUAAGUUCCGAGUCGUGAAUCAAGCCAAAUUUAUUUAUUGAUUCCGUUUGUAUAUUAUAAGGUUUGGUUGAAUAUGUACCUUCUCAGACCUGAAAAAUAGUAGCAACACCUCACACAUCACAGAGUAGCCUUUGUUUUAGUGUUUUUGACAAUUUUGUUAACACCCAAAAAAUAGUAGUUAGCCGAGGUACCAUUCUGUUUUGGAUAACAAUUUUCAAGAUAAGUUACCAGUUGACAA